AUGCUCCUAAGCAUGCGGGAUGUUGCAAUCAUCUGGAAACGGAAACUUUCCGGCAAAACUGCAGAUGCAAUUCGUUUAAUAAGGGAUUGCCUAGCCAAGGAAGAACAAGUCAUGGAAUCUAGCUAUCCUCGUGUGAUGGGCAAUUCUAAAAUGUUACGGGAGUGGGAAGUCGAGGAAAACUGGACAGAAAUAGAGUGGGAAAGCGAGGAGGAAACUGAAAAGGAAACUGAAGAGGAUGAUUGA